AAUAGGUACAUUGCACCCGUUAUAACUGUCAACGUGGUACUGGCGAUCGCCCUUCUUUACUUCUUCGCCUGGCGGUAGCUGCAUCGACCAUUUCCAACGCGACAGCCCGCUGCCACGCGCGAUUCCCUAGCGCCUUUAUGAUGCCGGGUGCCUGAAAAGCUCACCAAAGAGCAGGGCUUUGAGCCGAGCCGAAGCGCUGCUAGCCUUCGCGCAUUGCAUAUUAAGACGUCCAACGCCCGCCCAGCAAAGUCCUACUCCUCCUUCUACAGUCCUAGUUCAACCCAAAGCCUGUGAUAAUUUCUCGGCGGCACCAGGCCACAGACGCCUUUCCCUCCGGCCAUGAAGGCCCCUCCUCCGUCCUCAACCCAACCACCGCCAUCCUCGCCCUCACCGGCACCUCCCCCGCCGCAGCAGCCCCACGCCUCCUCCCAGCUUCACCACCGCCAACCCCACCACCAGCAGCAACAGCAGCAGGAGCGGCAGGGCUGCGGCAUGGGCGCCCCGCCCCCGCAGCCACAGCCUCCCGGCAGCUACUACCCGGCCAAGGGGCCCUAUGCGGCGCCGCCUCAGCCCCAGUACUCCCCGCUACCCGCCGCCCUGCUAGCAGACGCGGCUUCCUCCCAGGCGCUGCUCCCCUCCCGCACCGCCCUGGCGGCGCUGCUGGCGGUGCCGCUGGCGCUGUGGGGCUGCGCGGUGGGGGCGGGGGUGGCGGCUGCGGAGCCGCUGAAGGAGGGGGCUGCUCGACGGGACUUCGAACACCCGCUCAUUGGGUUCGACAGGUACGUGUUCCGCGUGUGGGGUCCGCUGCUGCCUCUGGCGCCCUACCUCGUGCGCAUUGCCGCCGCAGCCGCCGGCAACGCAGCGGCGCGCCUCUUCACCCCCACCAGCAGCAGCAUGCGUGUCGUACGGGGUAUGCGACCCGCUGCCGUACAACAGCCCCGGCCCGGCGUGACGCUGCCGCUGCUGUCGCUGGCGGUGUACGGCGCCAUCAUUGCCGUACGAGUGCUGCUGUACCUGGGCCACCUGAGCUUCCAGCGGGCGGUGGCGCGGGUGGUGGUGUCGGACCACCUGUUCCUGGGGGCGUCCGUGGUGGCGUGCUUCCAGGCCGAGCUGCUCAUGUGCCUGUCGGACAUCUACAAGGCGGAGCUCCUGCGCGGGUCUGACCCAUGGGUCGGCGCCCGCCAGCUGACGGUGGUGGCGGCCAUGGUCACCUCCAUGUUCGUACUGGUGUUCGUGUACGGCGACAUGUACUGCACUGCGCGGUGGUACCACGAGCCCGCUGAGUCGCUGGGGGCCCUGGCGGUGGGGGCGGCGGUGUUCCAGCUGCCGGUCGUGGUGUGGAUGUGGCUGCAUGGGCGGCGGGGACUGCCGCGGGGGGGCGGGAAGCCGUGAAGGGGGGACGGUGAGGGGCGGGUAGAAGCCGUGAAAGGGGCGAAUACCGGUAGAUGGCGGGUGUGGUGUGUUGCAUGGAGCUGAUCGGGUAGUGCAUGGCUUUGGUACGGAUGGGCAGGAGUAGAGGGCUUGGUGGAGUACAGAGGAUGGGGCUCUGCUGGCGGUGGUUGUUGAGCUGGGCGCAUCAGGAGGAAGCAGGAGGAGAUGUGUGGGGCGCUGGGUGCUGUGGUUACCUCCCGACUGUUCGUUUCGCCUACAUGGUUUGCUGAUUUUGCACUGUAGAGAGGUUUGCUGCGUUUGCAUGAAGAGGUUUUCGUUAAACAAUUUACGUGCGUGUGUCGUGGUCGGGUCAUGUGCAUCUU